AAAAACUAGAAACAGCUUAAAUUUCCAACAAUAUACAUACCCAUUUGGUAAAAUACAUCAUGAUACAUUCACCCCAUGAAAUUCUAUGUUGCCCUUAAAAAUGAUGUUCACUAUUUACUGACAUGGAAAAGUGUUAAUGGUAUAUUUUAAAUGAAAAAAGUAACUUACAAAGCAGUUUUUGAUGAUCCCAUUUUUGUGACUGUGUGUGUGUUAUUCCUGGAACAAAGAUUAGAAAAAUAGACACUUUAAAGGAUUAUCUCUGGAUGGUGAAAUUACAAGUGAUUAUUAUUUUCCUUUUUUUUUGCUAAUCUGUAUCUUCUACAUUUUCCAGAAUGCAAAUAAAUAUUCUCGUGAUAUGAAAAAUGCAACAAAAUUUAUUAUAUAAAAAAGAACAAUUCAUUGAGAAAACGCAUAGGUAGCAUAGGACUUGCCUCUUCUAUACAUUGUCAUUGCUCUACUAACUUGCUUCCUUAGUGUUUCCUAAGUGUGAGGCUCCCCAGGAAAGGCAGGGAUCCCCAAGGACUUCUCUCUUUUGGAGCAUUACUGGGGCCAGUGGUCUGCCUCUUAGUCUUGUGGAAUCCAGCUUUGGGGAACACAACAAAGUUUCCCAAAGUUUUGGGAGGUGGAGAAGAAAUGGCAAAUGGCAGGUUUUAUAGAGCCUGAACAAAAAGCUUCCUCGGUGAGGAUCUAUUUCCUUCACCCACGUUUUCCCCAACAGAGAAACUAACUAAGGCUGACUUGAAAGGCUUGUCCAAGGCCACACAGUCAAUUUAAUGACAAGGCGAGGCUUUGAAUCUCCGUCUUUCCAUCCUGUUGUAUUUUUGUAAUGAGCUGAUUCAGACCAAGUUUCUCUCACUUUAGUGGGUAUAGGAGUUACCUGGGGAUUUUGUUAAAAUGCAGAUUCUGAUUCAGCAGGGCGGGGUGGGGCCUGAGAGUCUGCAUUUUAUCCAGCUCCCAGGUGAUGCGCUGUUGCUGAUCUGGGGACCAAAGUUUGAGUAGCAGUGGUGUAGAGCACAGAUUCUGGAGCCACAGGGCCAGAUUUCCAAACCCAGCUCUGCCGCAGACUACCUGUAUGACAUUUAUAACCUCUCUGUGCCUCAGUUUCCUCGUUUGUAAAAUAAGUAUACUACCUAACUUAGAGUUUUCGUGAGGAUUUAAUAAGUUAAUACAUGUUAAGUGCUUAAAACAGCGUUCAGUAAGAACUAGUUAUUUAUUAUAUUUCCUAGAGUUUGCAGCCGGUGAGGUAGGGUUUGAUGAAUGAAUAUAUGAAUGAAUGAGUAACCUCUGGAGAAAAUUCUUUCGUUGGCGAUUAGAGUCAGAGAAGCAAAAAGGGAAGGCCUGCGUUGGUGGGAAGAGGCCCACCUCCCAGAAAAUUCUCUCCACCGGGGGUUCAGGAGGGCCCGGGGCGCCCGGAAGUCAAUGCGGCCGCCCGAGUGGGGGGAGGGGGGCGAGCCCUGCCGGCCCUUUCCGUCUGGGGCGCUGGCGGCUCCGCCUCUUGAACGUUGCGACGACGGAGCAUUCCACGGUUGCUACAUCGUCGCGAGGGGCGGGCCGCCUGUCAGGGAAGCGGCGCGCGCGCGGGCGGGUGGCGCGCGGGCUGGGGCUCCGCCGCUCAGUGCCAGCGCCAGCGCCAGACCCGCGCCCCGCGCUUUCCUGCCCGCGGCCUGCUUUCUGGCUCAUCAGCCCGCACUCCCGCCCUGCCGGUGCGCUGCCCGAGAAUGGAGCUGUUGUGCUGCGAGAGCACCCGGCAAGCGCCCCGGGCCGGGCCGGACCCGCGGCUGCUGGGCGACCAGCGUGUCCUGCAGAGCUUGCUCCGCCUGGAGGAGCGCUACGUGCCCCGCGCCUCCUACUUCCAGUGCGUGCAGAGGGAGAUCAAGCCGCACAUGCGGAAGAUGCUGGCAUACUGGAUGCUGGAGGUGUGUGAGGAGCAGCGCUGUGAGGAGGAAGUCUUCCCCCUGGCCAUGAACUACCUGGAUCGCUACCUGUCCUGCGUUCCUACCUGUAAGGCGCAGUUGCAGCUCCUGGGUGCGGUCUGCAUGCUGCUGGCCUCCAAGCUGCGUGAGACCACGCCCCUGACCAUCGAAAAACUGUGCAUCUACACCGACCACUCCGUCUCUCCCCGCCAGCUGCGGGAUUGGGAGGUGCUGGUCCUGGGGAAGCUCAAGUGGGACCUGGCUGCUGUGAUUGCCCAUGAUUUCCUGGCCUUGAUUCUGCACCGGCUCUCUCUGCCCCAUGACCGGCAGGCCUUGGUCAAAAAGCAUGCCCAGACCUUCUUGGCCCUCUGUGCCACAGAUUAUACCUUUGCUAUGUACCCACCAUCCAUGAUUGCAACAGGCAGCAUUGGGGCUGCAGUGCAAGGCCUGGGCGCCUGCUCCAUAUCCGGCGAUGAGCUCACGGAGCUGCUGGCAGGGAUCACGGGCACUGAAGUGCUCUGCCAAACCUGUGAUCCUACCGGGACCGAAAGCCUCUGCUCCAGUCUGGGCCUGCCAACCCACUACAGAACAUAAAGGACCUCAAAGUCAUUCAACUGAGGACAAAGCUGGCUGUCAUGGGAGGUAAGAAGCUGGAAGCAGACUGCUUGGGUUCAAAUCCUGGCUUUUACACUCCCUGUAUGACCUUGGCCAUGAUUCUUUACCUUUUCAAUGCCUCAAUUUUCUCAUCUGUAAAAUGGGUAACAGAGCCUACCUCAUAGGGUUAAUGUAACAUUAAAUGAGUUAAUACAUAUACAUUAUUUGGAACUAUUAGACAUAGCAAGUUCAUAGUUAAGUGUUGCCUGUUUCAAACACAUCUGUCAUAUACCGGCAAUAUGCUGAGUUCUAUCCAAUUACAAAUUCCUGGUCUGACCCCUCCAAAGUGCCAGCCACAUCUCAUUAUACACAUCAAGAUUUCUCAAGUAGCUGGGAUCAUCAGGGAGAGGCUAUACCAUAAACUUUUCCCCAUUUAAAUUUAUUUUGAAAAUAUUUCUAAAAUUUCUUCCUGACCUCCUUAAACAGAGUACAUCGAACAUAAUCUUAUCUUAGUGGUUCAGCAUUAGCAUUACAAUGGGCUCUGGUAUAUUGGUGUCCUUAGAGGGUGCUGAAGUGUAUUUAAAACCCAUUCAAUGCCAGGCACUGUUUGAGACUUUGAAGAUAUUUUCUCAUACAGUCCAGGCAACAUUUCUUGGAGGUAUUAUUAUCCCCCUUAUCCAGACAUGGGAACUGAUACUCAAAGAAAGAGUAAUAACUCAACCCAAGCUCUUACAACUGUCAAGUGGGGAGAAAGAGUCAAACCUGGACUUCCAGGUUCUAAAUUUCAGGUACUUUACACUAUAAUGUGCCGCUAAACUGAAUGGCCUCUGACUGCUGAGUUCAUGUGGGUCCACACUUGCUUUCUGAGGAUGUCAGCUGUCCUUUCUCAAGACUGUCAGGAGUCCCUGUUUCUAAUAGUUUCCUCUUCUAUUUACCCCAAGCUGGAAUACCAUUCUGCUAAGCUUAUUGGAAUUAUCUCUUAAAUAAGAGUUAUAAGGUGUGGAGUGAGAACCUGAGAGACUCUCUGGUGGGACAAGUGCACAAGCGCAAACACACACACUUUGUGACUGCAUUUCAGCUGCUCAGCAUCAUUCCAGGAGGGCUCAUUUCUUCUUUCUGUGCCCUCAAAUAAGCUGCCACAGAACUACAUUUACCCUCCCUGUGCUUUCACACUAUUAUUACCAAACAGCCUAAACAACCAAGGAUAUCUUCAUAUUAACAUCACAGGGUCAGAAUGAACUGGUUGAGAGGCUUUAUGCUAGACAGCCCCCACCCCCACCCCAGAGCCAAGAUCCAUGGGCUUAGGUGGCAUAGGAGUUUGACCACAGGCAGCCUAAAUGCCUGCAUGUUUUGCAGCCAGCAUUUAUUGUAAAUAGGAAUAAAUCAGUAGUUCACAGCAGGGGGCGAUUUUGGCCUCCAUCCCCCGCCCAGGGGACAUUUGGCAAUAUCUAGAGACAUUUUUGAUUUUCACAGUUGGGAGGAAGGUGGCCAAUGAUAUUUAGUGGGCAGAGAUCAGGGAUGCUGCUAAACACCCAAUAUUACACAGGCAGCCCUCACAACAAAGAAUAGUUUUGCUAAAAUGCCAACAGGGCCAAAGUUGAAAAACCCUGGGAUAAAUGCAGCUCAGGAUAUAAAAGAGGUUUAUCCAAGGAAACUGAGCUUACCACAAGAAAACUGAGCAUACCAAGACCAAAUGCAAUGGGAUGGAUCUCCCCAGAGAUAUAUCCCAGGUAGUUGGAACAGGUGCAGAACAGAUGCACAGAGAGGGACGAUGUAUUCCAAGUCUGGGUCAUUCCCUUUGAGGAUGGACCAAUUUUGUCAAAGUGGUCCCCCAUAACUGGCAAUGCUUGGACUGUUUCCAAAGGUAGGGAAUUGAAAGUCACCAGGGCAUUUGCUUUCUUGUAGGAACUUCCCGCCAGGAUCUGCUAUCCCAAAUCCCAGGAUGUGCCAGCCCUACCUAGCAGGAGGGUUCUUGUUCAUGAACAUCUCAAUGGCACGCUCAUCCUCAGGGUCUACGUCCACUUCGGCAUGGUGGCUCACCCCUCUCAUUGUGGCAGCCUUCUCCAGGGUGGGCCAUUCCUCAUCCUCAUCAUCCGAUCCAUCCUGUGGCACUCCUGGACCUAGAAGAGGGGAGAUGACACGGAUGGGUAUAGCAAGGAGAGUGCAAGGGAUUUAGAGUCAAUUUAACUUUAACAAGUUAAGUAUAAGCCUCUCAAAUGCUUAUAAUAGAUACAGAUGGGUGCCGUGAUACAGAUGAUACACAUAUUAUCUUCCUGUCCCCAGAAGCUUAUCAUCUUGCUUGAGAAAAAAAAAAAUGCACAUUUGAAACAAUGAGAUAGUGAUACCAAUAAAUAAUAUUUAACACAACAUACCCAGUUAUGUAGCAAGAACUGUUCUAAAAACACUUAUGUAUGUUAACUGGUAAACCUUCUGAACCCCGAGAAGUAGGUACCAUUAUUAUAUCCAGUUUCAGAUGGACUCAGAAACACAGAAAAGUUAAGUAAUUUGCCUCAGGCAGGUCAUCUGGGUCUCCACUAUUCUAUGUACAUAGGAGAGCUUGAUUAUAUGCAAAGUGAGUGGUAGAGACAACAUAUACCAAAGGCAUUUAGAAGGUGAAUGCUGAGGACAAUUAUUCUCUGGACAGGCAGUCUGAGAGACAGAGGAGGGUGUUCCAGACCCCAGUGACAACACUGGCAAAAGGGUUUUGUUACAAGAGUCCGUUAGGCAGUGGCAAGAAAUAGGGCUACAAGGGUAAACUGAAGCCAGGUUGUGGAGAAACCUGGAAGGCAAGGCUGUGGAGUGAAUUCAGUCAAACAACCAAUCCAAGUAACUGAUUUUUCGAAGGCUAGAGGUUGGUGGGCAUCUGACAGGAGGUGUACUAAUCCCAGUGGAGAGAGAAAACGCUAUGCAGAACAGGUCAGUAAGAAGAAAGGCAGUGUGUGAUGAAAGAACUAAAUAAGGAUGGGGAGGGCACAGAUAUUUUGUUUCCAUUUGUCAACAACUUCCAAAUCCAUACUCUCUUCUUAGCUCCAGAUGCUAACUCCAGUUUUCUCCUCUACUCUUAGAUGACCCACGGCACUUCAACUUCAUCUGUCACCAAGUGAACUCAUUCUCUUUCCCAAGUUUGUACCACUCACUUGGUGACUGCCUUCCAGUCCUGUCUAGUCCAGCAUCCUCAUCCCCCAAACCCAAUCAAUUACCAAGUCCUAUUUGAUUCUGCCUCAUAGAGUAUCUUUUCAAAUCCUUUGCAGCCCUGUCUGAACCAGCAUCAUCUCUUGGUGGAUUAAUUCAACAAUCCCUUAACUAGUCUCCAUGCUUCUGGCCUUGUUUCCUUCCAACAAAUUCACCACCCUGCAGCCAAUCUAAACUUCCAGAAACACACAUUUGGUUUGAUCAGUGCUAGACAGCUUUAAACCCCUGGCAUGGCCUCCAGGUCUUUUGUAGACUUGGCUCCUCCCUCCCUCCCAGUCAUUCAUUAAUCCGUUAAUUCAGCAAACACUGAGUGCCUCUUAUAUAUGAGGUACUGUUCUGGGUGCUGGGAAUACAUCAGGACAAAAAUUUCUGUCCUUGUAGAAUGUCUUGUACAUUCUAGUUGGGGGACACAGAUCAUAAAUAAACAUAACAAAUAAAUACACUGGGUCAAAAGAAGACAAAUGCUAUGGAAAAAAAAAAAUGGGGCAGAGGAGAAAUGUUGGGAUUUUGGAGACUGGAAUGGGGGCAUUGCAAUUUUAAACAGUGGUCAGAAGAGGUCUCCCUGAAAAGGUGAAGAAUUAAGCAAGUAAGCCUACAGGUGUAUGGGAACAAAAUAUCCCAGCCAGACAGGUUCCCUAACCUGCUAAAUUUAAGGAACAAUGAAGCUAUAUGGCUGGGUGGGAUGGAGUGGAGUGAGCAAGAGGGGAAAGUAGUAGAAGAGGUCAGACUGGCUGGAGGGGAGACAAACUAGAUUGUAUAGUGCUAUGUCAGUCAUUGUACUCUAUUCUAGCUGGCUGAGUUGAGAAUGGAGUGUAGGGGUAGACUAUUAAUUAUGAGGCUACUGCAAUAAUCUAGGUGAGAGAUCAUGGUGGAUUGGAACAGGGUGGUGGUCCAAAGUGGUGAGAAGUAGUCUGAUUCUGGAUAUAUUCUGAAUCAACAGCAUUCCUGACAGAUGGGACACGAAGAGAGAAUGAAAGGAGUCCAAGGUUCCUGUCUUGAGCAAGUAGAAGGACAUCAUCCUACUAACUGAGAUGAGAGAGACAGGGGGAAGAGUAGGUUUGGACAGGAAGGUCAGGAUUUCAGUUUUGGAUGGGUUAGAUUUGAGAAGUCUAUUAAACUUCCAAUUGGAGAUGCCAAGUAGACCAUUUAACAUUAAGAAUCUGGGUUCCAUGGAAGAGACCAAGGUUGCAAUAUAAAGUUAGUAGUCACCAAAUCGAUGGUGUUUAAACCAUGAAACUUUAUGAAUGAUAGAACCAGACAAGUGAAUGUGUUUACCGAUAAAGGUCCAAGGACUGAGCAUGGUGGCACUUCAGUAAGAGGUUGGGGACAAGAGAGGAGCCAAAAAAGGAGACUGAGAGGUGAGGUAGUGGUAAUAAGAGUGAUGUCUUGGCUGUUGCUGCAAAGGAGAGGCUAGGCCUCCCCACAACUGUGCCUAAGAGCCUCCUCCCGAAUGCCUCUUUGUUGCUCAGAUGUGGCCCUCUCUCUCUAGCUAAGCCAAUUUGAAAGGUGAAAUCA